UACCCGAAAGCCCAAAACCCACUGCAUUAAGCUUUCUCGCUCGCAUAGAAAAAGCUCCAUCUUCUUCUAUCAGAUUUACUAACUCCAUCAUUCUCACCGCAAAACAGCAAUUGAUUUUGCUCCAUGAUGGUUUCAAAGAGUUCUGUAAAACUUUCACUUCUUGCUGUUAUUGUAGCCGUAUUAAUAUCCCACAACCUAUAUGCAGCCUCUGCAGCUUCAGGUGGUCGAAUGGGCGGAUCUUCUUUCUCUUCAGGGAGUUCACCUUCUUCGCGCCGGCGUGAUUAUCACCAUCAUCAUUCAUCUAGUGUUUAUGGGCGCUACGACUCCCAUCCUAGAUUUUCCAUGAACGCCAAUCAAGAGAAUGGUUCUAAAUCGGCUGCUGGUGCUGAUGUAAUGCUAAUCAUUUUUAUGGGAGCAGUUUCAUGCUUGGUCUACCUUAACUUUGUGGAAGGUAGAACAAGUAUUCUACAAAUUCAGGUUGGCUUAUCUGCAAAAGCUCGUUCUUUGCAAAGAGAACUGGCUGAAAUUGCCACCACAACUAACACUUCUACAGCAAAUGGCUGGCAACUGAUAUUGGAAGAAACAACAUCAUCACUGCUUCGCCAUCCAGAUUACUAUCUUUAUGGUUAUUUGUUUGUAACUCGCUGUUGGACCAUUGGAGGGGCUGAACAGCACUUUAAACGACUUUCCAAGAAAGAAAGGCAGAAAUUUGAUGUAGAGUCACUGGUAAAUAUCAACAAUUUUAAAAGGAAAAGAGCUGUUGUUCCAAAAGCUGACAAGGUUAACAAGGACUGCAUAGUGGUAACAGUUCUGGUGGCCGUGCAAGGUGUACACAACCUGCCAACUAUCAGGACGACUGACAAUGUGAAGGAGGCCUUGCAAGCUUUGGGAGAACUCUGUUCUAGCAAAACUAAGGGUGUGGAGGUACUCUGGACCCCACAAGAUGAGACUGAUUCUUUGUCAGUUGAGGAAUUGCUUGCAAGUUACCCGCAGUUAAGGAGGAUAUGAUGACUGCUACAGAUCUCAUCUGUGUAGAUGUAGUUUUAUACAUACAGGUUUUAAUCCAUAAAUACUGCAAUGCUUGAAGAACGAACACUCAAGUCUAAAUGUCUUCCUUGUAGUGUUCUCCUAAAUUAGAAUUUACUCCUGAACACUGCCAUAUAUAGGGACUGAAGUAUGGGAAAUUUACUCAUCUAAUUAAGUUCUUCCUGCAAAUAUUUCUUCCAAAAAAUGCUGAUGCUGAUAACUUUUGUUUUCCCUAUUAUUUGGAGUUUUUUUGACGUUACCAACCAACAUAGCCAGCAUGACCCUGCCAUGGUGUCAAAUUUUAUGGUGAAAAAACCCAGAUUUUUGUCUUCAACAUUUAUUUUAUGAUGAACAAAAAGGAAGGGACUGCAAAUCCAAGUGUUUCUCCAUUAAUCAACAUCACUAGGAUUCCACCUAAAAGCUGGCACAAGUUUUGACAGUGCCAUCUACAUUGAUUACAGACUCAAGAAAGCUCACACCAUCAAAAUGUGUUUGCAAGAACAAUGGAUACAAACCAGAGACUUAUGCAAGAAGUGUCAACAAUGGUGAGUUGUCCUCUCAAAUAUUUUUGAUAUGUUCAAUAGGCUUAAUUGUCAAUGACAAAUCAAAAGCUGAUAAUUAACUUGAGAUUACAAAACCAUUUGAACAACUCAGAUGCUAAGGUUUUCAUAAUAUGAAAAAGCAGGAAAAAAAACAUGAAAACCUGCUGGCAAUACCAAUCUGAGUUACGAAAUAGAGCAAUUUUGCAGCAGGGAUAGGCAAGCAAUUGUUGUUAAUGAUGGGAUGCCAUGAUGAUGUUGGCCAGGUGUUUUUUACGAUCGUUCCUAGCAGGUUUGCCUGGCAAACAGGCAAGUUCCAAGAAAAUGAAGGGGAAGUAGCAGCCCUGUAGGGAAUGGCUAUGCCCUUUUAAAAAACCAAAUCGCAUGUGAAAAACCCACGGCCUUAAGUUUAUUCUCUAACAGAAAAGGUUCCAUCUUCUUGCCUCACAUUCUCUGAAUCCAAUUUUUGCUCUUAUUGUAGCCUUAAUAGUUCGUGCCAUAGGCAUCAUCAUCACCAUCAUCAUUCAAAUAGAGUUUUAUGGCUACAAUUCUCGGCCAAGUUUUUACAAAGAAUGCGAUGAAGACCCUGGAACUAGUAUUUGCACCAUUUCUACAUGUAAAGCAAAAUAUGAGCAGGAUAUCCAUCUAACCACAGUAUCCCAGCUUACAACCCUUGAAAUAUUGCAUUGUUUUUUUUUUUUUAAACUUUUCUACAUUUGAAUGGAUCAGGUUUGUUUCAAAAUAUUGCAAACAUAUAAGGAGAAAAUAGCAUGAAGAUUGAUUGUACUUGUACUACAACAAUAUAAAUUUAAAAAUUGGUUGUUGCCUCUUGACUAAGGUUUGGACCCAGAACUUUCUUUCACCUUUAGGAAAAAAUGGGUUUGCUGUCAUUAUCUCGAUGAUCUCACCCUUCCAUUAUUCAAAGCUCGCUCUUAGUGGAUGUGAUUUUCCAAGAAAAUGUAGAGAAGCUACCUAGGAAAUGCACACUUGAACAACCCACAAGUCCAGGUACUAUCACUAUAAUAGUGAAAGCAACUCUCCAUUUUGCAUCACAUUCUUUCAGAUCCAUCCCUAAGUCUUGGCUCAAAAUAGCAUACUAGUCCCUUGCAGUCCACCUUAUGGCUUUAAUCAAUAUCAUUCUAGCUUCGAAACGGCGACAUCGAAGGGGUAGUUCUGGAUCUUCCUUCUCAGCUACCAGGUCGAUAUGGUCAUCACCAUCACCAUCACCAUCAUCAGCAUCGUCACAGCACUCAAAUUAUUCUGAUGAAUGGCCUGUUGUUUGUCAAAUAAUGAUCUUGGUAGCAGUUGCUUCAUAUUCUUACUUGCUAUACCUUUCAAUUUUUGGGUAAACUUUGUUCCUACAAAUUAUGGUCCUGGUUAAAAAUCUCCAAAUUCUGUAUAGAUUUCCCCCUUUCUCUUAGGCUUUAGAGGUGCUGUUGACUAGACGCAAUACUUCAAUGCUUGAUGUGGGAACAUUGGCUACUAUGUAUGGAGCAGGCAGCUUCCUUUGUAUAUAGUUUGUAUUUUUACCUUAACUUUAAUAAAUUUAUGGAUCAGUCUUCUUCCUGUAAA